GCGGGGGCUGGUCGCGCUUAGCGGGCGGAGAGGGCAGGGCAGAGCCGGCCGGGCCCGCGGCCGCGCGGGGAACAAUGAGGCGGGAAGCGGCUGCCGCGGCUCGCGUGCCGUGAGGAGCGGAGCCGCGCUCCGGGAGGAGGAGGAUGCGUGCGUGGAUGUGAGCCGUCCCUCGGCGCCUCGCCGGGUGCCGUGCCAUGGACGCCGGCCGCCGGCGGGGAGCGCAGCCGGAGCCCAGCCUGACCCCGCCGCAGAGCGGGGUGUGACACCGGAGCGUUUUUUUUUUUUUUAAAUCACUAUUUAUUUAUUUCAUUAUUUUUUAAAAACCGGGUUGCAGUGGAUUGUGGCUCUGCGUUUCCAGCCGCCCGCGUCUCUCCAUUCAUCCAUCCAUCCAUCCAUUCAUCCGUCGGUCCAUCUGGGCGCCGAUGCCCGCCGCUGCCUGAAGGGCAGAGCCAUCAUGUACCUCCUGGACAGCAGCGAGCCGCCGGCCGCCGCCUCCUCGCCCGAGAGGAUGCAGCGGGGCACCCCGCAGAGGAAGACGGUGUACCGCAUCUCCGUGACCAUGGUGAAGAAGGAGCUGCUGGGGCCGGAGAGCGGCCGCGCCGGCCCCGAGCUGCCCCGGCGCGGGCGGAGCCGCCCGCCGGGCUCCUCCAGCCUCACCAGGGCCGGGCUGCUGCUGCUGGAGGAGGAGGAGGGCGAGGAGGAAGGCGAGGAGCGGGACAGGGUCCCCAGCCCCUGCGGCUUCCGCACCUUCCGGACGCUGAGCACGGGGCAGCUGGAGCUGGGCCGCCUCAAGGUGCCCCGGAGAGCGGGGCCGCCCCUGCCCGGGGCGCCGCGGGGCAGCGCCGGGCCCGGAGAAGCCGCGGCCGCCGCCGCAUCCCCGCCCGGCGAGGAGGGGGACAAGGCCGGGGAGGCGGCCCCGGGGGAGCGGGGCCACAGCCCGCGGCGGCAGUCGGGGCUGCUGCGGCGCAGCUUCAGCUUCAGGCACUGGAGCGGCGGCGGCGGCGCGGAGCCGGGCCGGGUGCGGCGGCACAGCAGCUCCGGCUGCCUGCCCGGGCCGCCGCCGCCCUCGCCGCCCGCCGCGCUGCCCGCCGAGCCCCCCGAGAAGCGCAACACGCUGGACGUGGGCGAGGUGCUGAGCCAGGCGGAGCCGCUGUCGCGGCUGGAGCGCUGGGAGCGCAGCAAGAGCAAGAACCGGACCCUGGAUAACAGCGACCUGCAGCGGCUCUCGGAGCGGCUGGGCCGGGAGGGCCCCGCCGCCGGCGCCGAGCACCGGCUCCUGCGCUUCUUCAGCGGCAUCUUCGCCCGCAGGGACGGCCCCGCCGCCCUCUUCGGCAGCCCCCACGGGCGCUCCCCCCGCAGCAGCUUCUCCAGGUCCAGGGCUUACUUUAGCAGCCUCAGGAGAGCCGCCGUGGACAUGCAGUCCAGCUCCGAGAGCAUCAACGGGUCCCCCCAGAAAGAUGCCUUUGUAAACAGCCAGGAAUGGACACUGAGCCGAUCUGUACCCGAGCUGAAAGUGGGGAUCGUGGGUAACCUGGCCAGUGGGAAGUCGGCGCUGGUGCACCGCUACCUGACCGGCACCUAUGUCCAGGAGGAAUCCCCUGAAGAUAUGGAUGCAGGUGGGAGAUUCAAGAAGGAGAUAGUGGUUGAUGGACAGAGCUACCUGCUGCUGAUCAGAGAUGAAGGAGGCCCUCCAGAGGCACAGUUUGCCAUGUGGGUGGAUGCUGUUAUCUUUGUGUUCAGCUUGGAGGAUGAAGUCAGCUUCCAGACUGUUUACCACUACUACAGCCGCAUGGCCAACUAUCGCAACACUAGUGAAAUCCCCAUGGUCCUGGUGGGCACCCAGGAUGCCAUCAGCUCCACCAACCCCCGCGUCAUCGACGAUGCCAGAGCCAGGAAGUUGUCCAACGACCUCAAGAGAUGCACCUACUACGAGACCUGCGCGACCUACGGGCUCAACGUGGAGAGAGUCUUCCAUGACGUUGCCCAGAAGAUUGUUUCCACCAAGAAGAAGCAGCAGCUCUCAAUCGGACCCUGCAAAUCUCUACCCAACUCUCCGAGCCACUCCUCCGUGUGUUCUGCCCAGGUUUCUGCCGUACAUAUCAGCCAGACCAGUAAUGGAGGAGGGAGUUUAAGUGAUUAUUCCUCCUCUGUCCCAUCAACUCCAAGCACCAGCCAGAAGGAGCUGCGGAUUGAUGUUCCUCCCACUGCCAACACACCAACUCCUGUCCGUAAACAGUCCAAGCGCCGAUCCAACCUCUUCACGUCUCGGAAAGGGAGUGACCCAGACAAAGAGAAGAAGGUCCUGGAGAGCAGAACAGACAGCAUUGGAAGCGGCCGUGCAAUCCCAAUUAAACAGGGGAUGCUGCUGAAGCGGAGUGGCAAGUCCCUGAACAAGGAGUGGAAGAAGAAGUACGUGACGCUGUGUGACAACGGCGUGCUGACCUACCACCCCAGCCUGCACGAUUACAUGCAGAACGUUCACGGCAAGGAGAUCGACUUGCUCAGAACCACUGUGAAGGUCCCUGGGAAGAGGCCACCCCGAGCCACAUCAGCCUGUGCCCCCAUCUCCAGCCCCAAAACCAACGGCCUCUCCAAAGACAUGAGCAGUUUACACAUCUCGCCAAAUUCAGGGAACGUGACUACUAGCACAUCUGUGUCUCAGAUGGCCAGUGGGAUCAGUCUGGUGUCCUUCAACAGCCGCCCGGACGGUAUGCACCAGCGCUCCUACUCGGUCUCCAGUGCAGAUCAGUGGAGCGAGGCCACAGUCAUUGCCAACUCUGGCAUUAGCAGUGACACGGGCCUGGGAGAUUCCGUGUGCUCCAGCCCCAGCAUUUCCAGCACCACCAGCCCCAAGCUGGACCCCCCUCCUUCCCCCCACGCCAACAGAAAGAAGCACCGCCGGAAGAAAAGCACAAGCAACUUCAAGGCUGAUGGCAUCUCGGGCACGGCUGAGGCCAAACGCAAAGCUUGGAAACUAAACCGUGUUGGUAGCCUGCGAAAUAUUUACAGCAGCAGCAGCACCAACACCGAAGAGCAAGAAGAGAACUUUGAGUUUAUCAUUGUCUCUCUCACGGGCCAGACUUGGCACUUUGAAGCAACCACCUACGAAGAGAGGGACGCGUGGGUCCAAGCCAUAGAGAGCCAGAUCCUGGCCAGUUUACAGUCCUGUGAGAGCAGCAAGAACAAGUCGCGCCUGACGAGCCAGAACGAGGCCAUGGCGCUGCAGUCCAUCAGGAACAUCAGAGGCAAUGCCCACUGCGUGGACUGCGAGGCACAGAACCCCGACUGGGCCAGCCUCAACCUGGGAGCCCUCAUCUGCAUCGAAUGCUCAGGUAUCCACCGCAACCUCGGCACGCACCUGUCCCGGGUGCGCUCCCUGGACCUGGAUGACUGGCCCAUCGAGCUCAUCAAGGUCAUGUCAGCCAUUGGCAACGAGCUGGCCAACAGUGUGUGGGAGGAGAACAGCCAAGGCCACGUGAAGCCUUGCCCAGACUCCACCAGGGAAGAAAAAGAGCUCUGGAUACGCGCCAAGUACGAGCAGAAGCUCUUCCUCGCCCCGCUGCAGUGCCUGGAGCUCUCUCUGGGCCAGCACCUGCUGCGGGCCACGGCCGAGGAGGACUUGCGGGCGGUGAUCCUGCUGCUGGCCCACGGCACCCGCGAGGAGGUGAACGAGACCUGCGGCGACGGCGACGGGCGCACGGCGCUGCACCUGGCCUGCCGCAAGGGCAACGUGGUGCUGCUGCAGCUCCUCAUCUGGUACGGCGUGGACGUGAUGGCGCGCGACGCCCACGGGAACACGGCGCUGGCCUACGCCCGCCAGGCCUCCAGCCAGGAGUGCAUCGACGUGCUGCUGCAGUACGGCUGCCCCGACGAGCGCUUCGCCCUCAUGGCCACCCCGAACCUGUCCAGGAAGAACAACCGCAACAACAGCGGCGGGAGGAUGCCCACCAUCAUCUGAGGGGAGCUCGGUGGCGCCUUCGCUGAGCCGAGCCGCAUCCGCAGCCUCACAUUCCUCCAUGCCCAUCGCAGCUCCGCUCUGUGAGUCCGGUACCUCUCCUUCUCCCUCUUCCCUUCGGCCCAUCCCGAGCGCCAGGCGGAGCGUGGGGGGCCGAGGAGGAGCGCGGGGGCUGCGGGCAGGCCGUUGUUUUGGGGGACGGGCCGCGCGUGGCGCCGGCACUGGCACCGCCCGGGGGACACGCGGCACCGCCGGGGCAGAGGCGAGCCGGAGCAGAAGGAAGGAAGGAAGGAAAGGAAGGAAGGAAGGAAGGAGAGACGGUGACUUUCCCUAAGUGACAGUGAAGCACAUCAGAACAUUUCACCUCUACGGAACGCGGCGACGCCUGGAUUUCCAUUCUCUUCUCCUGAAGAGCUUGACGGCAUAAAUCAGAAGCAAGCACAGAGUUUGUCAGGUUUGAAGCUCCUAUGAUGGUAUGUGUCAAAUCAGUUGUAGCUAAUCUGUCCGGGGAGAAUACUGGCUUCAUUACACUUGUAUAGUUGAGUUCUUCCAGCAUUACUGCUGUUUAAUAGAACAUGAUUAGUCAUCACGGAGAAAAAAGCAUAUUAGCUGAGGAGGUAGUUACAUGGCACGCUUCGGUGAUUGCUUGGAUGUGAUUGCAAUAUUCUUAGAAGCAUCAUAUUAUCUCAGACAUGUUCUUUCGAGCCCUUGGAGCCCUCCUUUCUAAAUUCACUGUCAUAAUUUAGUAUCUGUUUAAUUUUUCAGUCCAAAGAGAGGAAAUGAGUUGCUGAGUGUUAUUUGACUGCAGUCUCCUUGGUGUAAAAACAAAAUGGAAAAAAUAAAUAAGAGUAAGCCUGAAACACAAAAAGGAAUAAUGAAUACCGCUAUGGAAAACAACAUUUCAAGUACGUUUGGUGAAAUUAAUAAAUGCAUUAAAGGCUAAUUUUUUUUUUUGUUACGUUUUCAGCCAGCAGAAAUAGGUUCUGUCAUUUUGCCAAGGUAAAUUGUGUUGAGUUUUUGGUCACUCCUGUGAUGCAUUGCCUAACUUAUACAGAUUUUUGUAUUGUGUCUCUAGAUUCUAUGUAUUUAAAAUCUAUUUGAAUAAAAAAAAAGACCAUAAAUAUACAUUGAUUUUUUUUUUGUACAGAAAAUAACAUCUCUGUUAAUUUAUAAACUGUAAUGGAUGUGAACUAAAUAAUGUGCAACUAGUUAGGAUCUGUGGGUUGCAGAUCAUUAUUGUACAUCGAUAAUAUUCCCAGCAGUGAACUCUUCUUUCCAAAGCCUGUGAGGAACAACAUAUCAGAAGGAGAUCAGGGAAAAAAAAAAAAAAA